GCCGCCGGUCGCUCUCCCCUUCCUCCGAAGCUUCGUGAAGCUUCCGGAAGGCUGCGGCCGGCUCCUUCCGCCGCGCCGCCCCCAUCCCCCCGGCUUCCGGCUGCCGCAUCCCGUCUCUCCGGCCUCCCGCUGUUCUCCGCGGAGCGCCGCAAUGUCCUUGCUGUGCUACAACCGGGGCUGCGGCCAGCGCUUCGACCCCGAGACCAACACGGAGGAUUCAUGCACGUAUCAUCCAGGUGUGCCAGUCUUUCACGAUGCUCUCAAAGGUUGGUCAUGCUGUAAGAGGAGAACAACAGACUUCUCUGACUUCUUAAGCAUUGUGGGCUGUACAAAGGGCCUCCAUAAUAGUGAGAAACCCCCUGAGCCUGUUAAACCAGAUGUCAAAAGUACCACUGAGCGAAAGGAGCUAGCUGAACUGAAACCCAAAUUUCAGGAACACAUCAUUCAAGCACCAAAACCACUGGAAACAAUUAAAAGACCAAGCCCAGAUGAGCCAAUGACAAAUUUGCAGCUGAAAGUGUCAGCUUCCUUGAAGCAAGCACUAGAUAAACUGAAACUCUCAUCAGAAAAUGAAGAGAAAAAAGAGGAGGACAGUGAUGAGAUCAAGAUUGGGACGCCAUGUAAAAAUGCAGGCUGUUCAAAAACAUACCAGGGACCACACAGCACUGAAGAAUUAUGUCGGUACCAUUCUGGCGUGCCUAUAUUUCAUGAAGGGAUGAAGUAUUGGAGCUGCUGUAAAAGGAAAACAUCUGACUUCAAUACGUUUUUAGCUCAAGAAGGAUGCACAACAGGAACACAUGUAUGGACUAAAAAGGAUGCGGGAAAGAAAGUAGUUCCAUGCAGGCAUGAUUGGCAUCAGACUGGAGGAGAAGUGACUGUUUCUAUAUACGCAAAGAACUCUGUUCCUGAUCUGAGCUACGUAGAAGCAAAUAGCACAAUGUUAAAUAUCCAUAUUGUAUUUGAAGGAGAAAAGGAAUUUCAUCGCAAUGUGAAAUUAUGGGGAGUAAUUGAUGUAAAGAGGAGUUACGUGAACAUGACGGCUACAAAGAUUGAGGUUACUAUGCGAAAAGCAGAGCCUCUAUUAUGGGCAAGUCUUGAAUUACCGGUAUCCAACACCCAACAACAAAAUGAGAAUUCAGAUCAAUAAUAAUUCCAAGAGAUGAGAUUUCCUAUUGUGAAGUGGUGACUUGCUACUGUAAUCGAGUAUUUAAUUUUUAUAUAGAUAUUUUUAAUGUUAGAUCUUGUUCCAUUCUACAACGAAGUUCUAACGCACAGCAAAUGAAAGUGUCAACUCUAAGAGUAAUAGCUAUUUCUUCUGCUCUUGCUCCCAUGAGUAUAUUUAUUCUAGUUGGAGUGACUCCAUGAGGAUUUAAAAUAAAAGAGCUAUUGCCCUCUGCUGACAACCUUACCUACUAUGCACUGACCAUCCAAACAGGUGUGCUGUCAGUCCGCAGUGUGUGUUAAUUUUUCAAGUGUUGUGUUUAGACUGGGCCUCUUUGGUAGUACACAUUAGAAUCAGCACUCUUUGUUAAGAAGCAUACAAUAUUAAAGGGAAAAAAACGAGUUUUUGAAGUGAUGAAUGUGCAAUUCCACAUCUAAAUUAAAAAGACACAUGAAAAUAAAUGUUAAAGAGCACUUGUAGACAUCUGUUUUUGUCUGCUGGAACUAAUGUUUUUUUUCAAUACCUGUUGGCUGUAAAGGGAUGGAAUAAAAGGUAUUUUGAUAAGAGUUUCAGUA